CAGAAUGUCAUAGUUUAAGAUGUACAUGUAAACUAUAGGGGAAGUGAAACGCCCCCAGUGCCCGCAGUCAUCGGUGUAUGGGUGUCUGUUAGUUUGGGGUCAAUAACUGUUUGAAUGAAUUCAUGAUACAGUACAUAGUAAAAACCCAGACGUUCCUACGGGUAAAAUGUCACUUCGUACCAGGACAGGAUUCUACCGCCAAGAUAUAAAUAAAACAGUUUGGAAUGUUCCGGAAAGAUAUCGAGAUCUAGUCCAAGUGGGCACAGGAGCGUAUGGAACGGUUUGCUCUGCCACGGACCGAAAAACAGGUUUACAGGUGGCCAUUAAGAAACUCCACCGUCCAUUCCAGACUCGACUCUUUGCUAAGCGAGCUUACAGAGAGCUGAGACUGCUCAAGCACAUGAAGCAUGAAAAUGUGAUAGGGCUGUUUGAUGUCUUCACUGCUGAAAUAUCUCUGGACAGGUUUCAGGACUUUUACUUGGUAAUGCCAUUCAUGGGUACAGACCUUGGGAAACUGAUGAAGAUGGAAAAAUUAUCUGAAGACAGGGUGCAAUUUCUGGUGUAUCAAAUACUGAGGGGGCUGAAGUAUAUUCAUUCUUCUGGGAUCAUUCACAGAGAUCUCAAACCAGGAAAUCUGGCUGUGAACCAAAACUGUGAGCUAAAGAUUCUAGAUUUUGGGCUGGCCAGGCAAGCAGACUCUGAGAUGACGGGUUAUGUGGUGACUCGGUGGUACAGAGCACCUGAGGUCAUACUUAACUGGAUGCACUAUUCACAGACAGUUGAUAUCUGGUCUGUUGGCUGUAUCAUGGCAGAGAUGCUUCUUGGGAGGCCACUCUUUAAAGGAAAUGAUCAUCUGGACCAGCUUAGAGAAAUAAUGAAAAUUACAGGGACACCGUCACAGGAUUUCAUCAUGAAGCUACAGAGUCAGGAUGCUAAAAACUACAUUAGAAGUCUUCCAAAAGUGCCAAAGAAAGACUUGCACUCGAUUUUCUUUAAAGCCAGCCCGGAUGUGGUGAGUGCUAUGGAAAAGAUGCUCGUGCUGGACCCUGACAGGCGUGUCAGUGCCACCAUGGCGCUGGAGCUCUCAAUGUUCUUUGAAUUCCGAGAGCCUGAAGAAGAGAUGGAGGCAAUGCCCUAUGACCACUCCAUAGACAAUGCAGACCUUCCUCUGGAGCAGUGGAAACGUCACACCUUUACAGAGAUCCUCUCCUUCCAGCCCCCCUUCAUAGAGCCAAGAGAUUCCAAAGGGACAUCUGUUUGAAUGAACACACAC